GGUGAAGAUCGCUGGUGUUUCUGCGCAAACAUUCAUCCUUCAGUCAAACAGAUGCUGUCGGCAAACUCUGUUGGAGAUGUUGUAGUUACAGUAAAGUCAGCUAUAAUAAUCCGUUCAAAUAGCACAGAUAACUCCUGUCCUCUUCUGCUGAGUUGCACCUUUCACCUGUGUUUCAUCUGACAUGGCUUUGAGCAGAGAACGAGAGACCGUUCAUGUUGACUCUCCAAUGCGGCACUUGAGGGAUGAAUCUGCUUGAUUCCAUCUCUGGUUCAAAGGUUUCAGAUUUGGCCUUCGAGGAGUUCAACGGCUUCCCGGGGAAAAACGGUUUUAUUGCCUCCCCAAAGCUCACCCGACGUCUUGCCGCCCAGCUCGUCAAACCCUUCGUGUUUGACUACGCCAGCGGACACGUUGGUGACAUCCGCGCCUCUGCUGAGAUUUCUGACACUGUUGUAAACAUUGUGAGAGGGAUACUGGGUUUCUUCCAAGUCACUGUCAAGACCACACAGAGGAUUUAUGAACUGGAAGAGGUUGGCAUCCAUGGCAAGUGCCAGAGUAACUACGCUACUGAAGAAAACGCGGAGACAAAGGACAUGACCAUCACUCAGGUUGUGGAUUUCAGUAACUGCAAGGAGAAAGCAGCCAUCUACAGGGGAAUGGCUACUGCUGUGCUCGAUCAAGUCUCCAAACAGAGAGGGGAAUCUAUCAUUACAACAGUGAGAUAUGUUUACACAGUCAAACCAACAGCAGAGGGAGGUCUCAUCACCAGGGCUCAUGGCCUGGAGCGACAGCACUUCAGUCCCUUCAAUGUGAAGGGCGGCAGUUUCAAGAUGUAUGCCAUGAAGGAAAUGGUGCUGAUCGGUGUGAGUGACACAGCGAGAGCCGCCUCCUUUGGGCCAGUGGAAAGCAAGGGCAGCCUGGUUUACAAGUUUGUCAAUGCCGGAGCUAAUAUCCCCCUUUUGAUGCAGAACCUGGAAGACCCAGUACCAAAGGCUAUUGAAUUGAUCAAGCAUCUGGCCGAGGCUAACAGUUAUCAGAUUGACAGUGCAUCAACUGAAGAUACUAUAAAGCUGUAUCAGCUCCUGCGAGUGAUGCCUUAUGAAGGAUUAGAGGAAAUGUGGAAGCAGUUUGCAGGAAAUGAAGAACACAGACGUUGGUUUUUGGACAUGAUUGUUGAGGUCACCGAUGCCAGAAUCCUAAAGUUCCUGGAAACGAGGUUUCAGGCUGCAGAUGUGUCUGCAACUGAAGCUCUGGAAACCCUUUUGCUGGCUAUUAACCAUCUCCAAGCUAUUCCUGAGUUGGUUGAGAUGGCUAAAAUGUUCCUGGACAUGCCCUUCAGUAAAUCCAGUAUCUAUCUGUGGCACACUGUGGUGCUUUCCUAUGGUUCUCUGGUGUACAAGCACUGUGCAUAUUAUACACCCUGCCCAGUUACUGCUGUUCAGCCACUGCUGGACAUGGCCGUGGAGGCUCUGAGGAAUGGCAGUGAGGCAGACAUGGUCAUCGCUCUGAAAGCUCUGGGGAACGCAGGCCAUCCAGGCAGCAUUAAAACCAUCAUGCGCUUCCUCCCUGGCGUGGCUGCCACCCCUGUGGAUCUGCCACCUCCUGUGCUGAGUGCUGCUGUGCAGUCUAUGAGACUCAUAGCCGCCAGAGACCCUCACAGUGUCCAAGACAUCACCGUGGCUCUGUUCCUGCAAAAUAACCUUCCCCCUGAAAUCCGCAUGCUGGCCUUCAUGAUCCUAUUUGACACCAAGCCAUCGAUGGCUCUGGUGUCCACAGUGACUGCACAUCUACAGCAGGAAAAAAACCUCAAUGUCGUUAGUUUUGCAUAUUCGUACCUGAGAAGCAUCGCCAGAUCCAGUACCCCAGACAAUCACUUCCUCUCGACUGCCUGCAAUGUAGCUGUGAAAAUCCUGGCCCCUAAAUUUGGUCGUCUCAGCUAUCACUACAGCCAAGCAAUGCACAUGGACUGGUUUAAUGACGAUUUCCUAAUUGGCACAGCGACAGAAGUCUUCAUGCUAAGAAGUGCAACAAACAUCUUUCCCACUGAAAUCAUGAUGAAAGGAAAAUUUUAUUUCAUCGGUAGAAUUCUGCAGCUACUGGAGUUGGGUGUCCGUGCUGACGGAAUUAAGGAGUUGUUUGGUAACAGCAUCCCAGGAUUUAAAGGAGAUCUGAGUUUCAGUGACUUCCAGGCUAUUUUCAGUGUGCUUCAAAACUGGGAAACUCUGCCCAGCGAUAAGCCAGUCCUCUCUGCCUACUCACGCGCCUCUGGACAAGAGUGGUUCUUUGCCAAUAUCAACAAAGAGCUCAUUCAGAAUAUCAUCAGGGCUGCCAGUCCCUCUGCAGGGAAAGAAAGCCCUCUGUGGGCUUUGAUUGAGAAUUUACAGAGGGGAGUAUCAUGGCAUCGGACCAAGCCAUUCUUGAUCUUUGAGGUUCGCUACUUCCAAGCUACCACCCUGGGUCUCCCGCUAGAGAUUAGCAAAUAUUAUGACUCAAUCAAUGGGAUCACUGUUAACGCUAAAGCUUCAGUUAAUCCACCAUUGACUGAACGUCUUGGACAACUCUUGACUUCUGAAAUUUCACUGGAGACUGAUGGUUUUAUUGGUUACACAAAGGAUUUUUGGGUUUUCUAUGGGAUCAACACAGAACUGUUCCAGUGUGGCUCUGAGUUUAAGUCCAAAAGUCCUCUCGCUAUUCCAUGGAAGUUUUCUGCCAAGAUCAACGUCCGAGAAAAGAAGUUUGAACUCGACUUUCCUCCAUGCAAAAAAGAGUCUGAAAUCUUUUCAGUCAGCUCCAAUGUGUAUGCAGUCUCCAGAAACACUGAAGAACCAGCUCUGGCUAAAAUGACCCCAAUGAUGCACAACGCCAUUGACUCCAAUGAUGAAGUUGCCCACAUGGGCCCCGCUUUUGUGAGGCCUGAGUCUGAUCAGAUGGUGCCACCAGACACCUGGCAUCCGAGAGCCGAAAGGUGCGCCGAGAGUAAUAUUUAUGGAGCAGGUGUCUGUGUGGAAUCUGAGUUAAGGAGAGAGUAUUAUCAUGAGGAAUACCCUCUGUACUAUUUCUUGGGAUACACCCACUUGGCAUUCAAAGUAGUCCCAGCCCACGCAAUCAAAGCUGUUGACAAAAUCCACUUUGAGGUUAAUGCCGGCCCAAGCACACAUCCAAUGAGCAUACUCCAGCUGUUUGAGACUCUGAGGAGGCUUUCCAAGGAAGCCACUCGGCGUGUACGUCUGUCCUCUGAUUCAGCCUCAAGCCUUAGAGGAUCUCAUCACAGCCCUCAUGACAGCUUAACAGAAGGCUGGGAAUCAACACCUGAAGCUGCGUUCAACAUCAAAGCUUUUGCCCUGAGUGGCAACCAGAAGCCUGAGGGUUACGAUGCAGCCGUGUACUACACGGCCGAGGCAAAUAUUCAGAACACCCAACUGAUUGUGUCCCAGGUUGGAGAAGACACCAACUGGAAGAUGUGCAUGGACACCACUGUGAAGGCCCGUGCUGAAGCAAAGGCACACAUCAGAUGGGGAGCUGAAUGUCAGUCCUAUGAAAUGUCAAUGAGAGCUGAAACUGCACAUCUGCCUGGUUCCAAGCCAACAGUCAAGGCCAAAGUACACUGGAGCAGGAUCCCAGAAACCAUGGCAGAGAUGGGCAGAAGAAUUGAGAGCUACAUCCCAGGCAUGGCUUUCCUUUUUGGCUUCUACCAGCAACACGAGAGAAAUGCCAAGCAGGAGGUUUCUGCAUCAGUUGUUGCUGCCUCAGCAGACAGCGUCAACGUGAAGAUUAAAUUCCCAGAGUAUACAGUCUACCGCCAGGCUGUUCCAGUUCCACUACCGCCUGCCAGUUUUCAGGAGUUUCAACACGACAUCAGAAACACAACAAUAGAUGGAUCUGGACGUGCAUAAAAACCGGAGGACAACAAAGACCAGAUGGGAGCCAGAUGUCUCUUUUCACAGUGAUAACGCUGCAUCCAAAAUCUCACCACAAUGAUGAAGGUGGGGAUCAUAAAAGAUGUAUCAGUAAUCCCUCACAUGUCACCACUUUGGAAAUAACCUGUAAAGGUCUUGAUUUAUUCAUUUAAAAGCAUGUUAAUAUUUGAGCACCCCAUUGUGUAAAUUCAUGCGUAUGUUCCAAAUGAUUAUUUCUUCAUAAUACUGCCUUUACCAAAAACUGGUUCAGCAAGUUUUGUUUUUUUCUUCUUAUUUUGUCACUACAAAUCCUUUGUUCCUCCAACAUUGUGCUAAAUCGGUGUACCCCUUGAUUAAAAUACAGAGAAACCUGUUUCUUUCUUUUAAAUUACUAUGACGAGAUUUAGUGAUUCUCCACCGCGUUCUGCUUGUUAAUGCUUUUAGAAGGAUUAAAAAGUAGCUGAAUUGCAGCUAUAGUUAACUUUUUUCAUGAUAUAUAAUUUAGAACCAAAUUAUUUAUACAUGGCAAACCUAGUUGAGGUAUAUAUGUGAGCUCAUUAAUUAAUAUCACACAAUACUGUAAAGUCAGACAAUGAUCAGCAGUACUGAUGAAACCCCUGGAAAUCCUGAGAAGCUUGAUUCAGAGUUUAAAAUUGAGAGUGACAACCCUGUCUGUUUCUUUGCUCUGCUUUUGUUAAAAAAACAACGCGGUUUACAUUGACAUCAUGUGUCUCGAAUCUAAUGUUCUUGGCAGUAUGAAAGAUAAGGAGUGGAAACUGCACAAAGCCCAACCCAAAGUUCUGGAAGGUUUGUCUAUUCUGCUGGCCAAUUUGGCAAAUGAACGGUCUUUUGUUAACAGAUCCUGUUAUACUCUAAAUAUCCUAUUUGAUUGUCAGAAUGCUGAGUGUUGUGGCUGAGUUUUGGAUGCAGUAAAAUGGAUCAUAGUAAAUUGGAGGGCUUCCACUGAAAGAGAUGAAUGUUUACAAGGUCUGUAUAACCUGCCCUGUUUGUUUGGUCAACUGACGCAACAGGACUGUUUGCAGAUAUCGGUACACAAUGUCACCAUGCAUGCCCUUAAAGUUCAGUGCCUCUGCCACACAAAGCACUCUGUGCCCUUUUGGUGAUAAAAUGUCCGGUGCUCGUUGAACGGCUGGACUACAAUAUCUUAUAUUCAUUUAUUUUAUACACCCUUAAGAAAGAUCUCAAAAUAGAGGCUUUGCUUUAUGAAGGGAUUAAAACAUCUGAUGAACAUUCAUUGGCGCUCCUGAACUGGGCUUGGCCCAAGUCACAACUCUGAGUUGUAACAAAAGGGAUGUGUCAGUAGCCAAAGAUAAUGAUUGCAUCCUACCCGAAGACUGGUUGUCCUAACUACCCCUGGCUCUGCUUCUCCUGCCUACGCUGAUUUAGCCAGAUGGUGUAGAAUUGCAGAGAGAAGACAUUGCCAUCAAAGAUUGAACAGGAUGAGCGCGAUUAUAAUGACACCGUAAUGUUCCAUUUACAUCUCUAAUAUCCUGCGGGCUUGACAGGCUGAUUGCUAAUCUGUUGUGCCGACGUCAAGAUCCACCUCCUGUUGUCUAGAAGAUCAGGACGUGCCAACCUUGUGUUGACACGACUUCACCAGGUGAAAUCAGCUGGUCAGAAAGCAUUGGUGAAUGAUUGAUCAGGUCAUUUGGAGGAGGAGGGAUAGGCCUUCCCCUCCUUUUUAUUGCUUCUCGCUCUGUGAUUGUGAAGUGCCUCAUUAGGCAGACUAUACCAGCCCGGCUAAAAGCCAUCUGAGAGUAGAUGGUAAUAAAACCAUGGUUACAGACAUUUCUGUCCAAUUGUAGCUAUUACUCCAUGUUUGGGGAAUAGCGUCGGUCGUCACUAGAGGAACACAAAGUGACACCUCCUUUUAAAAAAUAACCGCAGGCGUUGUUUGAACAGACAGGCCUACAUUAACAUCAAUUUGUCCAGAAUAUGUUUCAUUUUGGAAUCGUCUCUGAAGUUUAUAGCGUUUUAGAAGAUGAAACAACAUGCUUUAAAAAGUCCUGAUUUCUGGCAUUGGCAACAGGAGCUAUAAUCCUGUUGUAUGCAUGCGUGUGUGUGUGUGUGUGUGUGUUAAAGUGUGAGCACUAGAGGACAGUGUUUACCAGACAUUAAAAUAUGCCUGGCACCGGUACUUGUUCAGUUCGCAGAGGGCUAUGCAGUGGAUGUUGACACUUUGAGGAUAAGUAAACAUACAUCUUGGCAUGGUCAAAGUGCUCUUGCAGCUCUGUGGCUUGCAAAAACACAAACACAUUUUAUUUUAAUUCAAAUAAAUAAAUAAAUAAAAUACUCACUGGCUGCUAAUCCCAGUACACUAUCUAAAGGACGCUCGUUUAGUGACACACAGAUAAUUAUGGUUUAAUCCUAAAAGGUCUCAGUUUAGGGAAUGCGCAAAUAUUUGUACUAAACUACGCCACAAACUGGAUUUCUUUUUCACCAAUGUUCAUGAUCUGACAUACACUGCCUCCCCUGCCUAAUUUAAGACACGCAGAAACACACAGCCUUUAUGCGGGGAGAAACGUUGAGUGGGCGAGACCGGUCACAUCACUGACAUUAUCAGGCGGACACACCCAGCCACGGACACUUCAUGACCCCUCCAAAGGGCUCUGAAAUCGGACGUGGUGCCUGCUGUUAGACCUCCGCUGAGCUCACAUCCUCUCACCCAAUAAUUUCACCAUCACUCCCUCCAAAUGAGCUUGUUGCUAUGUUUCCCGCUGUUAUUAAAAAUCUUGCUCAGCGCCUUAGUAGGUGUGCCAUGUUUGCGGGCAAAGAUUUAAAAAAGCUCAUUUAUUUUGAGACCUUUCCCUUGAGAAGCUCAAUAGAGCAAUGUCCUUCAUUUGAAACAUUACUGUUAUCUUAGGAAUAUGUCGACGAUCAUGUAUGAAGACGGAUUUUAAAGACGGUUAAGUCAGUACCAUCGUAAUAUACUAAUAUUAUACUAUGUUGUGGCGCUUUUGUAUGAACAGAACUGUCAACUGAAGUCAGCUGGCUGACGUGAGAUUGUCAUGCCACAGGCUAUAAGAGCUGCAUCCGUGUCUGAAAGACAGAGGCCGAGUUUCUGUUGAGCCAGUGGAGGAUCGAGUCAUUUUAGGAGCUCUCAGCCAAUAAAGACUGUAUCACCAGCCAGCAUCUAUAUGUAGGAUAUUCGACCAUAACACUUGUGCUCGAUUCACUAUAAGUCAGCACUGAACAAAUAUGAUGCUAUGUGGAUGUGUUUUUUAAGUUCUUCAUGUUUACAGGUUGCAAAAAGUAUGUGAUGCCACUUACAGACAGUAUAUCACUUGACAAGUAAUAAGCAUAGUUGCUUACUAGAGAGAUUACAGCAAAUUAAAUGUACUAAAUGUUCUGGGUGGUGCAGUAUAUGCACACAUACAAGACAUUAGACUGCACUGUGUUUUUUUUUUUGUUCCAAGUUCCAACCUUUUUGUUUACAGUUAAUCAAGCAAAGCUGUUUAUUGUUAAACAAUUAGGAAUGUUCCUUAGUGUUUCUUUGUCAUUUCCCUCAAGCUGUCAGAGUUGGAGAAACGGCAACGUUUUUGAAGUUAGGGUUGUUGUUUUUUGUUUUUAAUUGCAGGCUGGAACAGGCUUCAUCCCCUAUGACCCUGGACAGGACAAGCAGUACAGAACAUUGAUAGAUUAGUGGAUUAGUAGUAUUUGAAUUGAUAUGCUGAUGAACGGUAAACCUGAACUGAUUUAUUUCAAUCCAUGGAUUGGAUGGUUGGAUUUAGUGGAACCAUCUGAUAAUACACUGAAUUUGGUUAGCAUGAAAAGUAAUUAUAAAUGUUAGGUGAUUCAACAAGCCCAUGAAAUCCGUUUCUCUGCAGUGUUUUGAAUUAUAUUCGGACUUUUUCUUUUCCUUUAUUACUUUGACAUCUGUUUAUUGAGGACUUUUUUCUUUUUUGAUCAGAAUUGUCAUUAUAAUACAGUAGUUUCUGUUCUGACUGUCUGAGACAAUUAAAGGUACUUAUAUCUGCGUAAGGUGUGUACUGUUAUUUUGAGUAGUAGGCUGAACUGACUGCGGCAGAAACAGUUUUGUGGGAAGGCUGAUGCCCAGAUACUUGAGUUUGUCAGUGGGUGAAAGUAAUGUCAAGGAUUUGACUGCUGAAAUCCAGUUUGCAUGGUGGAAAUAUAUAAGCUAUGAGGCAGUUUGUAGUGGUCUGGAAUUAAUUGCUGCAAUAACUUCUUUUAGUGAUGCUACUGGGGUCUGCAGAUAACACAAUAUAUUGUCAACACAUAUAGUGGGCUGAUUUAUUGAUGACUGAACUUGAGUGAAAUCCUUUGUUGAAAUGCAGCAGCUCAAUAAAAAUGCCAGAAGUAGAGAGAAUGGACAUCCUUGUCAGAUAACCUUGUCUAAGCCAAAGGUCUGCAACAAAUAUUUUGUUGUUAUUAUUAUUGUCUGUAUUUGCCGAGGCCGCUUUUGCUUCUGUAAUAUUUUGGGAUUACUCGCAGCUACCCAGCAAGUAGAUCCUAAAUCCAUAAGCCCUGCCACUGGCCACUGUUGCAGCGAGGCUCCUUGCAACGAAGCGGAUUAAGUAGAAGCAGAGUAGAGGUUUCUGGCACAGCUUCACCUAUUCGCAAGUUUCAAUGAGACGGGAAAAACAGAGAUCCAGCAAUACUUGUAGUAUAUGGAACAACGUUAUUGUUAGACCAAUGCGUUUCAGCUUGUGGCCUUCAUCCGGGCUAUCAUAAAACAUGCUAUAGACAAUAUUUAAAUAGGGUAGGUAUACAGCAGAAAAAAAAAUCUUUAACAACCGAUCAUAUGCAUCCAAAAACAUAUCAGCCAGUGGGACUCCUACAAAGAUGGAUUGGGCAUAUGGUCAUGUGGCUUCAGGCCAAUCAUUGUCCCAGGAAGGUAAGGGGAGUGUCCAAUAGAGGACAUGGGUGACACCAUGUUUGGUCCGUUACCUGGACAAAUGCAGCUAAGGGGUGGUACUUGAGCUUGUGCAGAAGAGGCCCCGCCCUAAAAUGUGCCUAUUUGAUGUGGCUUAGCCCUAAUUUAAAAAAAAAAAA